UCUCAUCUUUGCUAGAUUCCAAGAAAGUCUCAUUCCAUUUUCUCAGUUGUUUUUAUAUCAUCUCUGAAAAAAAGUUCAUUUUAUAAGUUUCAACAUAUGGCUACUGGUGAAGCACUGUGUAACAAUGUCCAAAGCACAGUUUCAGUUACUAGAAGGAGUUACCAAGUCGUUAUAGCAGCGACAAGAGACAUGGGUCUUGGUAUGGACAUGAAACUUCCUUGGGAUUUACCAAUGGAAUACGAAUUUUUCCAAGGUGUUACAACUAAGACAUCUGAUCCCAAGAAGAGGAAUGCGACUAUAAUGGGAAGAAAAACUUGGGAUUCUACUCCUCUAGAGUUUCGUCCCCUUCUUGGUCGGCUCAACGUUGUUCUUACAAGUUCUAGCUGUCUCGACAUUGGCGCCGAUGACAAUGUAUUGGUGUGUAGUACCAUGGAAUCGGCUCUUGAACUUCUAGCCACGGCACCAUAUUCCUUGUCUAUUGAGACGGUCUUUGUCAUAGGAGGUGGCGAGUUGUUAAGGAACUAUAUGAAUGCACCAGACUGUGAAGCUAUCCACCUAACAGAAAUCGAUAUAAGUGUACCAUGCGAUGCAUUUGCGCCGAGGGUGGAUACUUCUCUAUACCAUCCGUGGUACUCAUCAUUUCCAAGAAUGGAAAAUGGAACUCGGUAUAGUUUCAACACUUAUGUCCGAAGAAAAAAUCAUAUUUUUGGUUCCGGUGAAAAGAAAAGUGUUGUUGGUUCAGAUUUCAAGCAGUACUACUCGUUCUUGCCUAAGAUGGUUUUCGAAAGGCAUGAGGAGUUUGGUUACUUGAAUCUUGUUCAAAACAUUAUAUCUACUGGAGACAUGAAUGACAAUACUACUCUUUCUAAAUUUGGAUGUCAGAUGCGGUUCAAUCUGCGCAAGACUUUCCCGCUACUCACAACCAAGAAAGUAUUCUGGCUAGGAGUCGUUGAGGAAACCCUACAACUCAUCAGUGGUUCAACCAAUCCCAAGGAAAAGGGAAAUAAUCAUAUAUGGGAUAGCGAUGAGGCUAAAGAAUAUAUUAACAGUUUCAGAGAGAAUGCUACAGAAGAAGAAGUAGACAACCCACUCCAGUGGAGAAAUUCUGAUUCUAGCAAAGAGUUCAAUCAGCUCUCUGAUGUUAUAAACAAGAUAAAGAACAAUCCUCAUAAGCAAAAGAUCAUGCUUUCAACUUACAAUCUGAAGUUGUCGGUAUCUCCUUGUCAGACAGUUGCACAGUUCUAUGUGGCAAAUGGUGAGCUCUCCUGUCAAAUCUACCAGAACUCAACCGAAGCAAGCCUCGAGAUUCCUUUCAGUAUCGCUGCAUAUUCGCUCUUGACAUGCAUCAUUGCUCAUGUUUGCGACCUUGUAGCUGGUGACUUCAUCCAUGUGAUUGGACAAGCCAAUAUUAACAAAACUCACGUCCAAAACAUACAAAAACAGCUUCAAAUCUCACCAAUACCCUUCCCGAUUUUGAAAAUCAACCCUCAGAAAAAGAAGAUUGAUGAUAACUUUGAGGCUUCUGAUUUGGAACUCCUGAAGAUAUGAACAUACUUCACA